AUGAAUUAUGGUAUAUUCAUUUGCUUGAUUGCAUUAACUAAUUAAUUACUUGUUGAUCAUGUGUGUUCAUGUGAAUAAUUAUAAAGCUAAGAGGAUUGUAAUAUUGGCAUAAAAUAAUGUUUAUGGGGUGAUAUUUCUUGCAAUACAAUAUAGUGUUAAUCUUUUGAUGGCAAGACAGAACAAGAAUGUAUAGAUUUCAUUGGGUGUGCAAUAAAUGAUGUAGGUAAUUGCAGACCUUUUUCUGAUUGUGUCGAUUAUCAUGUCAAAGACCCUCAGUAAUGUGAAACUAAAUGGCCUACAUGUGUAGCAGGAACCAAUAUAAUAGAUGGAAAGUAUGAGUGUAUAGAGAAAGGUGAUGAUAAUACAUAUUAUGUUUGCAAUAAGAUAGAAGAUAAAGGUUUAUGUACAGCUGAUUCAGUUUAGAAUUAGGCAGCUAUAAAAUAAGCAGAUGGUUAAGUAUGUGAUUGGAUUAUAGAGGAUAAUGUUGGUAAAUGUAUAGCUUAUGAUCCAAAUAAGUGUUCAAAUAUCAUUUCAAAAUCUAAAUGUGAUCUAUAUAAUUGUAGAUGGGAUUCUGAGAAAGAGGAAUGUUCAGAACCUUAUUGUAUAGAAAUAACAGAUAAAACUAAAUGCACUUAUUUAAGAGGUGAUCAGACAGGCACUUUUUAGAUUUGUUAAUGGGAAAAUGAACAAUGUUAAGAUGCUUUAGAUACUUCUUUUCUUACAAAAGAUAAUUGUUUAAAGAAUACUUUUUAUUCUGCCUCUUGGAAUGGUACAAAUUGUAAUUUAUGUUAAAAUGAUGGAUUUAGUACUCUACUUUCUAUAGUAAUAAUGAUAAUAUUAAUAUUAUGA